AUGUAUGCUAUACGAAGUUAUUACGAAUAUGUGUAUGAGUUUAGGGACAAGCUCUGUGGACCAUAUGAAAAAUUUAUAUGUGAGCAGGAUCAUGAAAAUUUUUUGAGACUCCUCACAGAGACUGAAGACUGGCUCUAUGAAGAAGGAGAGGACCAAGCUAAGCAAGCAUAUGUUGACAAGUUGGAAGAGUUAAUGAAAAUCGGCACUCCAGUUAAGGUCCGGUUUCAAGAAGCUGAGGAACGGCCAAAAAUGUUCGAAGAACUAGGGCAGAGGCUGCAGCACUAUGCCAAGAUAGCAGCCGACUUCAGAAAUAAGGUCAGUCAGUCUUUCUGUACAUACUUGUGGUGA